AUGACACACGGUUUCUCUGCUUUGUUUAGUAACUUACAAAAUUUCGGUCCUAGUAUUUGUAUCUGUGGCAUUGUACGGUCACCGUAUGUUAAAGACAAAAUUGAUCCUCGAUCACUGACAAAGAUGGUCUCUUGGAAAGCAGAGGAACAAAUUCUACCAAAGCCGGAGACAAUUAUACCGGAGGAGAAUGCAAACAUACUCUCGCUAAUAACAUUUUGGUGGGUAAGUGAUCUCCUGAAACUCGGAUAUAAACGGCCGCUGCAAAAGGACGAUCUCUAUGUUAUGAGCUCCGCUCGACAGGCUAAAAUCAUCACGGAUAAAUUUGAACAAGAAUGGAAAAACGAGCUCAAGAAACAAGUAUCCGCAAAUAAAUUCACGUUAAUUAAGGCUCUUAAUCGCGUAAUCGGAUUUAGACUGUGGACUACCGGUGGAGCAAGGUUCAUGAGCGAUUUGUUACUUGUUUUGUCACCCCUGAUCAUACGAGCUAUUCUGGUUUUUGCGAUUAAUUCGUACUAUGCCAGUUCGAACAACACCAUACCACCACCAUCUUCUGUCGGCUACAUACUCGUGACCAUUUUAUUUCUUACAACAAUGUUCGCCACUUUAUUCAACCAUUGGGCCAUUUACGGAUGUAUGGAGGCCGGAUUGUUGACUCGCACGAUCUUAAUCACCGCAAUUUACAGGAAAACCUUGGUUCUGAGCGGAAAAGCGCGUAAUAUUUUCACGACCGGAAAAAUAACAAACAUAAUGUCCACGGACACCACACGGGUUGACAAUUGCCUCGUCUACUUUCACCUUCUGUGGGCUGCACCACUACAACUUUCGAUUGCCCUCUUGCUGUUGAUUCUCAAUAUCGGCCCUGCGGCAUUGGCCGGAUUCUUGCUUUUGAUUAUUGCCGGCCCUUUGCAAGGAAAGGUAAUGGCUUCUUUGGUCAAUACCCGAAGAGACGCGCAAAAAGUCACCGAUGAACGCGUCAAGUUGACUCAAGAACUAUUACAAGGAAUUCGAGUUAUAAAAUAUUAUGCGUGGGAAGAUAGUUUUUUGGAAAAUUUGAAUAAAUUAAGAUCCAAGGAGAUUGGCUUGGUCAAGCACCUAUUGCUUAUACGUGCCAUCAUCUUGGGUAUAUCCUCGGUUAUUCCGGUAUUCGCAAGCAUUCUCUCUUUCAUCGUAUUUGUACUAGCUGGCGGUAAUCUCACGGCAGACAUCGUCUUCACAUCAUUGGCCUUAUUUAACGUUGUUCGCUUUCCCCUGAAAACUCUACCCAUGGUCAUCGGUUUUACUUCGGAUGCUUGGGUGGCCGUCGGUCGUAUACAAGAAUUAUUAUUAGCCGAGGAGUUGGAUUUUUUGCCAGAAGUCGACACUGGAAGUGACUUUGCGAUUAAAGUAAUAGACGGUGAAUUCAUGUGGGAAGGCACGUCAUCCCUAGAGCAACCAAAGAAUUUGAAAGUUGAUGAGACGACGAAAGAGAACCUCAAUGAUGAAAAAAAUACUCCGGCGGUGGAGGAAUCCAUAGAUGAUAAUACCUCAUCCACCGUUUCCCUCAUUCCAGUCCAAAUGACCGAUGAGCUUAAGCAUGUGAAUGCGCCCAGGUCUCAGCUUCGAAAUAUUAACCUUUCGAUUCCCCGCGGAAAACUUGUGGCAAUAGUGGGCUCCGUUGGUUCGGGAAAAUCGUCAUUGCUGUCUGCACUUGUGGGUGAAAUGAAGAAAGUUCAUGGAGAAGUUGUUUUUGGCGGGAAUGUUGGAUAUUGUCCACAAAGUGCGUGGAUCCAAAACGCAACACUUCGUGAGAAUGUGACUUUCGGCUUACCCUUUCAUGAAGAGAGGUAUAAUCAGGUGAUUAAGGAUUGUUGCCUUGAACCUGAUCUUGGGAUAUUGCCAGCUGGAGACAUGACCGAAAUUGGCGAAAAAGGAAUUAACCUAUCCGGAGGGCAAAAACAGCGCGUUAACAUCGCAAGAGCUGUCUAUUUUGAUGCUGACAUAGUCUUGUUGGACGAUCCGUUAUCCGCAAGUGCCGUUGAUUCACAUGUCGGAGGUUAUCUUUUUACGAAUUGCAUUCAAAAAACACUUGCGAAUAAGACGCGCUUGCUUGUGACCCACCAUUUGCAAGUUCUCUCUCGGGUGGAUUACAUAAUAUUCAUGGACGAGGGUAAAAUUUCGGGCCAAGGAACCUAUGAACAACUUAUGAAGGAGAAUGAAAGGUUUUCGAAAUUGAUUAAAGAGUUUGGCGAGGACGAAAGGAAUGAGGAGUCGAAAAUGAUUUUGGACCUAAAUGCGGAGAGCACAAAGACCAAAGUAAAUUUAUCCGGAUUUCUUCCGACCAAAGAGUUGAUGCAGCAGGAGGAGAGGGUCACCGGCGCGGUAGAAAAUUCAGUUUAUCUGACUUACAUAAGAUCGGCCGGUGGCAUUAUAUUGAUACCCAUCCUUUUAUUUUUGUUAAUUAUGAUGCAAGGAAGUAAUAUUGGAAACAAUUUGUGGCUUUCAUAUUGGACGAACGACCAAUUCGGACUGACAACCAAUCUUUAUAUGAUAAUAUAUUGCGCUUGGGGCGCCUCUGAAGGAUUUUUCAGUAUUUUGGUUGCUUUGUCAUUUUCGUUAUCGGGACUGGUCGCCGCAAAAGACCUACACGCCAAAGUGGUCAAGAGAGUCUUGAGAGCACCGAUAAAAUUAUUUGACACGACACCUUUAGGUCGCAUAAUCAAUAGAUUUAGCCGAGAUGUAGACACUUGCGAUAAUUUGCUCCCGGAGUCUUAUCGAAUGUUUUUUACAACUGCUGCUCUAGUUUUUGGAACUUUCUUCCUAAUAAUCGUGAUAUAUCAAUGGUUCUUCAUUCCUUUCGUGCCACUCAUCACCCUAUAUUACUUUUCGUCCAUUUAUUUUCGGGCUACAAAUCGUGAAUUAAGGCGUAUUGAUUCCAUAUUGCGAUCUUCUUUGUAUGCUCACUUUUCGGAGACGUUGACCGGUCUUUCUACAAUUCGCGCAUAUCGCGAACAAAAACGAUUCACCGAGAUCAACGAACAUUUCAUGGACCUGGAAAAUCGUGCAUACUAUCUGACCAUCGCGAUUCAACGAUGGCUCGGGAUUCGUCUUGAAACAAUUGCCAAUGUUCUUAUGUACUGUGCCGGCCUGCUGUCGGUCAUUGAAAGAUUCCAAGUGUUGCCCACGAUCACAGGAUUGAUUCUAAGUUAUGCGACUCAGGUGAACGUGAACUUCAAUUAUUGCAUUAGACAAACCGCCGAAGUGGAAGCAAACAUGAACGCCGUAGAACGCUUGAUAUAUUAUGCCAACAGUUUGGAAAUGGAAGCUGAACCAAUUAUUGAACAGAAUCGACCACCACCAGAAUGGCCUUUUAAGGGUGAUAUAGAGAUUAUAGACCUCGUGAUAAAAUAUGGACCCGAAAUGCCUCCGGUAUUAAAGGGAGUUUCAAUUCACAUAAAGGCGUCAGAAAAGAUAGGAAUUGUUGGAAGAACUGGUUGCGGCAAAUCCACGCUAGCGACAUCAUUCUUCAGAUUAGUCGAACCGACAUCGGGGCAAAUCAUGAUCGAUGAUAUUGAUAUCACCACAAUAGGCCUAAGAGACCUUCGAAGUAGAAUAACCAUUAUACCACAAGAUCCGGUUUUGUUUAACGGUACUUUAAGAUCAAACCUCGAUCCGUUCAAUGAGCACGAUGAUUUAACACUGUGGAAUGCACUUCGAAGAGCUCACCUAAUCAAUGGCAAUGGCGAAGCUAAAAAUCAUUUAUCAUUACAUACUCAAGAAAAGGUACCGGAACUUUCGAUGAACACCAAUAGAUAUGAGGGGUUUAACCUGGAUAGUCCUGUAAUAGAACAUGGGAACAACUUUUCCCAGGGACAACAGCAACUUAUAGCGUUGUCCAGGGCGCUGGUUAGAAAUUCUAAAUUAAUAAUAAUGGAUGAGGCAACGGCCAGUGUAGAUUUUAGGACCGAUUCUUUAAUACAGAAAACCAUCCGUGAGGAAUUUACAGAUUCCACAGUGAUCACUAUUGCGCAUAGAUUAAGAACAAUAGCAGAUUACGAUCGGAUUUUGGUUAUGGAUGCUGGAAAAGUGGUCGAGUUUGAUUCACCCUCCAAGUUGAUAAGAGAACCAAAAUCAAUGUUUAGGGGAAUGUGCGAAUCUAGUGGAGAUCUUGACGAAUUAGAAAGACUCACGAAACAAAAAUUCGGAACACGCUGA